AUGGGUGCUGUUCCGGGUACGCAGUCCACGCCCGUCGUGGAGAGGCGGGUGCAGCUCGCAGCGACUCCCAUCGGGCCGCCGUUGCCCCAGAUGCUGCAGGCAUACCACACGUCCGUCAUCGUGGACGACAUGGAGUUCUCCUUCAGCGGUAGGGGGAUCGACCAGCUCCGCCCGACGCAGAGCCACAUUCCCUUCGCGGGGAAGCCCACUGUGACCGAUAUGGGUUACACGAAGCUGCCAAGGAGGGAAAUGGUCAAGUACCUGCGGCCUCACUUCAUGCCAGGCACGUACGACCUCCUCAGGAAGAACUGCAACUCAUUCACAGACUGCUGCCUGGCGUUCUUGCUCGACACGCGCCUCGACGAGAAGUACAGGACCAUGGAGAAGAUCGGUGCAGUGACAGACCAGCACAUGGCGGUGGUGCGAUUUUUCACGGGCGGCGGCUACCAGCCGAACCCGAGGUCCAAGGAUUUCCAAUCUUGCAGGGUGGUGGAGCGCAUCCAGGAGAGGCGCGGGCCCGGAUCCCCCCCGGCGGAGGACCGCGCCCUGGACAAGCCCUCCAGCAGGCCCGACACUCACCAUGGAGGGAGCGCGCACGACAGAGGCGCGGGGCUGGCGAGAGGCGGUCCAAGUGACGAGCGGCGAGCGAGGGGCCUCGCGUCGCGCCCCUGGCUGGGCCCACGUGGACGUCCGCGCACGGGUCACGUCUGA